UUUAACUUUUCUUUUCCUUUAAUUUUUUCCAAAUUAAAACACUUUCUCUGUUCAUGGAUUUGGUAUCCAUCUUUAACUUUUCCUUUUCUUUACACAGUCCCAAUUAUUCAUAAUUUAAAUCUCCCUUGUAAAAUACUCUAUUAUCAGAACCCUGAUCAGGCUUUCUUAAUGCAAUUAAUUAACUUUCUGAAUUAAGUUGUUGAUAAUGUUUUCAAUCUUCUACAAAUAGAUAGAUGCCACAGACUUUAUGAACACAUUCCAACAAAUACUUUUCCUAAGCUUCUGGAUUUGUUUCUCCCUUUGCUGUUCCAUUAAUCAUAUCCAUAGCCAAUCAAAUCUCUAUCUUGUAGAACUCUUGCGCGUCUCAGUAUUUUUGGGAAAAAUCUUAACCUUGUUCCUCUAAAAAAAAAUCAAUUUCAAUCUCUUAAAUCUGCAAUAUCCAUUUAUAAUGGCGUUCGAGGGUGUUCUUACUGAUGGUGCAUCUGAAAUGUUGAAAAAGCUGGUUACUGUACUUGGAAAUGAGAUUUGUCUUGCUUGGGGUGUCAAGGAUGAGCUUAAAAGGCUUGAACAAACGUUGGAGGUUAUUGCAGCAAAAACCUCCGAUGCAGAGAGGCAGCAGGUGAACGAUGCUGCGGUUAAACUUUGGUUAAAAAUGCUCAAGCAAGUUUCUUAUGAUGCUGAUGAUGUUCUGGAUGAAUUUGCUUACCAAGCUAUGCAUCGAGCUGUUAAGAACAGUAAGUUAAAUCCAAUAGCAAUUGAUAUGGGAAGAUUCCAAUUUCAAACUACUAGUAUUGCUAGCAGUGGUGGCUACGAGAAAGAGCAACGUAACCGGCAAACUACUCAUUCUUUGUAGAUGUUUCAAAAUUUGUAGGAAGAAAAGAAGAUAAAUCAAAGAUAGUAAGGAUUUUAACAACGACAAGCAUAUCGUCGUCAACAUCAUUACAAUCAUCUUCUGUAAAUUCCUAUAUACAAGAAAAAGUCCCCGUCAUAUCCAUUGUGGGUAUUGGGGGGAGUCGGAAAGGCCAGUCUAGCACAAUCUAUCUACACUGAAAAAUCAGUAGAAAAGUACUUCGAAAAAAAAAUGUGGGUCUGCAUUUCUGAUGACUUCGAUGUGUUUAAGAUUUUAUGAAACAUUAUGGAGUCUGUCACUGGUUCUAAAUGCGAGGAUUUCUCAAACUUUGAUGUAUUAGUACAAAAAGUUAGAGGAAACUUAAAUGGAACAAAAUAUUUGCUAGUUCUAGACGACUUGUGGAAUGAAGAUCCCCUGGAAUGGGAAAAGCUUAAGGGUGUCCUCGACUGCGGCUCUGCUGGCAGCAAAGUUAUAGUUGCAUUGGUGGUACAAGGUUUAAUUCCUCCUUAUAAUCUAACUGGAUUAUCUGAAGCAGAGUGUUGGUCGAUUAUCAAGAACAAAGCUUUUUCUCCUGGUGGAGCAUCUGAGACCCCAAAUAUGAGAACUAUAGGAAUGGAGAUAGCAAGAAAAUGUGGAGGUUUGCCACUUGCAGCGAACUUUUUUGGUGGUCUUAUGCACUCACAAAAUGAUGAAAGGCAGUGGUUGUCAUUCAGAGACAACAAAAGCUUAGAAACACACGAAAAUCCUAGUGGAGGUAUCAUUCCAAUAUUGAAAUUGAGUUAUGAUUCUUUACCAUCCAUUUAAAGCAAUGUUUCUCAUACUGUUGUUUAUUUCCCAAAGAUUGGAGAUAUAAUAGAGAAACAUUGAUUCAAUUGUGGAUGGCCGAGGGUUCAUUCAUCCAUCUAAUGGAGGGAAUCAAAACUCACUGGAAGAUAUUGGUAAUGAUUACUUCCUAAGUUUGUUGUCUAGAACUUUCUUCCAAGAUGUAGAAAGGGAUUACCGCCUAGGUGACACUGAAUCGUUCAAAAUGCAUGAUUUAGUACAUGACCUUGCUUUAAUUGUUGUUGGCAGGGAUGAAGUGACGACUUCGAAUACAAGUGAGAUGAAAAAUGAUGUGUCUCAAAUUCGGCGCCUUAGUUUUAUCAUGGACGGUAUUUCAGGAAAGGAAUCUAUUGUAUUAAACAAUGCAACAAAACUGCGGGCAAUGUUUUUCCGAGAAGGAGGUGUUAUUUUUCCGAGUCCACUGAGUAACAAGCGACUUCGUGUAAUACAUCGGCUAGUAAGAGGGUUUCAUGCUCAGGAAACUACUUUUACUCUAUCUUCCAGUUUCAAGUUUAAACACAUGAGGUAGCUUGACCUCAGUUGUUCUAAACUUGAAGUUGUUCAUCCUAAGUCCAUCCAUCAACUCUACAAUCUCCAAACUCUCAACCUUGAUCAAUCCGAAAAUGUUCACAAGAUUCUGAAUCAAGGAAUUGGUUGUUUGAUUAAUUUGCGACAUCUAGAUCUAUCUUUUUCAGACGGCAACCAUCUACCUGAUUCUAUUACGAGGCUCACCAAUUUGCACACUUUAAAUAUCAGUUUUUGUAAGGAUGUUAGAGUCUUACCCACCAAUAUCGGUCAUCUCCAAAAUCUAUCGUCCCUUGAUAUUUCAGGUACAAAAAUCUCAGAGUUACCCGAUUCAAUCCGUCUCCUCAAUAAUUUAACCAAGUUCAACAUCUACGGUUGCGAUCAAUUAGAAGCACUACCUCGUAACUUUGGAGGUUUGACGCGACUAAGGUCACUUGAUCUGAGUAAUACUUUAGUAAAAGAAUUGCCAGAGUCUUUGACCGGCAACAUCUGUAAAUUAGAGUACAUGGAUCUUGGAGGUAAUUGUAAGUUUCCGAACGACAUCAAGAAUUGGGUGGAAUUGAGAAGUCUGAAGAAGUUGCAAAAAAAUAGAGAUGAUUUAAAAAUGCCCCGAGGUAUUGAAAACCUAUCUCGCCUCGAUAUAUUAUUUCCUUACAUCGUGAGUAAAGAAGAUGAUGUCUCCAAUAUCGAUACUUACAGUAAUAAUUCAACUUCUUCGUCCAUCCACGAAUUAGCACAUCUAAACUCCCUUCGGAUGUUGUGGCUGCCAAAUCUAAAGAAUGUGAGAGAUGGUAAAAAAGAGGCAGAGAGUGCAAAAUUAAUAGACAAGCAACACAUUCAAUAUUUAGAUCUACGAUGGGAUUUCGAAGAAGAAGAACAAGUAGAUGAACGGAAUGCUAAUAAUUCUAUUACAGUGCUAGAAGGUCUCCAACCUCACCCUAAUUUGGAGAAAUUGUGGAUUUAUGGUUUUCCUGGUUUAAAGUUUCCGAAGUGGACCGGAUCAUCUUCUUGUCUUCCUAAUUUAGUGGAAUUAUUUUUUUACGGCUGCAAGAGUUGUGAAAAAUUAGUUGGCCUAGGUCAACUCCCGUGUCUUCGGUUUCUUGGGAUACAUAAAAUGCAUUCAAUCAAGUGAUUAGGCGAGGAGUUUUAUUACCAGCAAGAAGUAGAAGAAAAUGAUGCCACUACUACAUUAUUCCCUUCGUUAAUCAAAUUGAAAAUCAGUUCUAUGGAUAACUUAGAAGAGUGGGUUGCACCUUCAACACCAGAUAAAUCCUUCCCUUGCCUUGAGAAAGUUAAGAUCUGUAGGUGCUGUAAUUUGACAUAUAUACCAGAUUUUCGAUUAUGGACUUCUUCUUUCCAAAAACUAGGUAUCUGGGACUGCAACAAGUUGAAGGGAGUCUCAACUUUUAAAAAAUCCCAUUUGUUGGCAUAUAUAUGUAUAGUGUGUGUUCAC